GUCGUCGGGAUUCGACCUGUCAAGUCUAUUCGAGAGCACUCGACGGCGGCGGGGGUCGAUGUUCACUUCAAGGUGCUCGGCGGUGGCGAUUAUGGAGCGGAUGGAAGGGUUUGCAAAGGGGAUUAACUUUAGGGUUGGGAGGGUAAAGGAUUUCAAGAUGAGCUUGACGAGGGGACCAGAAGGGUGGAAAGGGAGGCUCCAGCUCAGCGAACCACAUCUGAGCUUGAUGGAAGCACAGAUUCCCUAUGCUACACGGAGAGCUGACCACCAGUUGCCGCUGGAGGAAGAGCUACCGACGACGGUGGAUCUGAACGUAGAAUCUGGCUUGGGAUUGAAGGGGUGGGUUAAUCCAGCUUGGGAUUGAAGAAGAGAACGAAUAAUCGAGGAAGAGAACGAAUAAUCGAGGAAGAGAACG